AUGACUGCCAAUGGAGACGACUGCUACUUCUUUUACUAUUCUACAUGCACUAAAGGAGACAGCUGCCCUUUCAGGCACUGUGAAGCAGCAAUGGGCAACGAGACCGUUUGCAAUCUCUGGCAGGAGGGACGUUGCUACCGAAAUGUCUGCAAGUUUCGCCACAUGGAGAUCACUAAAAAGCGGAAAGAAAUACCGUGCUAUUGGGAAACCCAUCCAGCCGGGUGCCAGAAAUCCCACUGUGCCUUUUUCCACGAAAAACCACGUUGUGUUGAUGGUAUUCUUAUUCCACCUGACCUAAGUCAAAACGUGAAAGAGGAACAGCUGCAUGAAGAGCCAUCCCCACUGCCAGCCACUCCUCUCCCUACUGCAGCAAAUCCUCAGUUGAGAGGUGUCAUGAAGACAGAAAGCCAAGAACCAGUCCCAAGCCCUACUCACCCACCAGUGGUGAUUAACCCAGCAGAUGAUGAUGAGGAUGAAGAUGACCAAUUUUCAGAGGAAGGAGAUGGCCCUUCCCCAAGAAAAAAACCCAAGCCUGAUGAACAACACAACUUUGGAGUCAGCACUCUGGAAGAGAUCCGACUAAGGCGGGCUUUAAAAGCGGGCAUGAAUAGAGCUAUUAAUUCUACACAGAGUGCUGAUACCUGUGUCAGUGGAGAGAAAGAAAACCUCAUUUCAACCAUCCGGCUACCGUUAAAUUCGUCAAACGAAGGUAAAAUUAUUUCUGAAGAAAUUCUGAGAUCAAGAGGCAGUGUCGCUAGUAGGCUUGGAAGACCAAAGGACCCCACAUAUUUGAAGCAUGGAGAGGGUCUUCCUAUGAAAAACAGCCUAGCAAAACGUUUGGGUAGAUUUGUGGUGGAAGAAGGCCAAGUUCCCGAUCAGAAAGGUAUGAAGUCGAUUAAGGAGCGACUUUCUUUGCCUUCUGCCCCUGUUGCAACCAGUCAAGCAGCCGAAGAGAUCAGCACACCCAAGCAGAUUCACAUCAAAACUCUGGAAGAAAUAAGAUUGGAAAAAGCAGCCAAGUCUCGUACCCAGAAGGACUGUCUUCCUCCUAUGAACAAAGAAGUAACAGUUACCAAGACGGCCCCCGUCCAGACACCCAGGGCUGUAAAGCGAAAAGUUCAUGUCCAAGAACAUUCCAUUGAUUUCAACCAACCCACUACUGAAAUCCACCACACAAAGAGGAAAAGAAAAGAGAAUCAGCAGGAGAAAACACUUGAUCUUAAAAAGCUCAAAUCAACAGCUGACAAUGUCCCUGGGAAAUAUCAGCAAGAGGCAGUGACGCCAGUCCCCGAUGCCCCAAAAGCAGGAGAGGUUAAAGUGAAGACCUUGGAAGAGAUCCGCAAGGAAAAGGCAGCCCGAAUUCAGUCUGAAGAAGUCAAGAGUACCAACACUGAGGAGAAUGGUGUUAAGAAGCCACAAUUGCUGCAAAACGAUAGACUGACAUCCCAGUGUGACAUGAGAGCAGAGAAGACUGUGGAUUUAACGAGAAGGACACGGAAAGCUCCUGCUAGCCCUGAGAUGACCUCUCUAAUUGUCAAGGUCAAAACAUUUGAGGAGAUAAUGCGUGAAAAACAUCUCCGCAAGCAAGAAAUGGCUGAGCAAGCUUCUGUUAGCCAGCGGGCCUCUGAUACUAAGGUUUCCACAAAACCCUUAGUGAGUGCUGGUACUGUGCUGAAGAAGAUUCUUCCCCCAUCACCUGCCAGCCGCAAUCCUGAUAGCAGCAAUAUUGCACCCACCCAGAAUAUCCUGGUUCGCAAAUUCAAAACUGUUAAAUCGGACUCGGAGUCUAUAAACAACGAUCCAUCAGCUGUCGUCACAACUGUUUCAAAGCCCCCUCAAGAAGACACUAUUGUACUUAGUCCUAGGAGCUCCAACAAGGUCCCAAAUAAGAACACAAGGAACUUAUUUUCACAAUCCUCAUCUAAGCAGACAACUUCAGAGAGACUCAAUUCACCAACAGUAGAGAGUCCAGAUAUUGAUAAAACGCAUACCACAGACAGAAAAGUGCGGCCCAAACUGAAUGUGAAGCCAUCAGUCAUGAAGCCAGACUUGCAAGUCAAUGCAGGCCAGAAGAGGAAGAGAGCAAUGCGGUCCGCUGUAGCUGCUGUUAAACCUCUAAAUAGUGCCGCCAUAGAUUUAGAAGAAUCACAACAGCUCACUCUAAAUAGAGACCUAGAGCUGAUAUCUUCAGUUUCAUGUAGUCCCAGCUCUUUAUUGGAACCCCUCCACAGCUCAAGUGAGGAGCUACAGACCAUCCAGAUUCUGAAACGCAGUCCAAGCCAAGAAACCAAGAUGGUUGCUAGUCCUGCCACUGCAACAGAGGACUAUUCUGCCCCUUCAAGCUCCGUCCUGAAGGCAACUCCUCAAAGUAAAUCUCGAAGACAGAGCCUGAUAGUGUCACGCAACUCAACGUCUGCUGCCGAUGACUUUGAGGAUCUGAUCAACGAAUUUACAGAUGAUCAUCUAGAUGAAGAUGUGGAUCCUGGCAUUGGGGAGGAUGAUCUACUGCAAGAACUUUCAGACAUGAUUGGCAGUUGA